UGCAUUGCGGCCUGUCAGCGUGCUGUCAGCUCCAGCUGUCGUCUGUUACACAAAUUAGAAGGAUUUGUUAUUUCGUGGGAUCUUCGUAUUAGGGUUGAAUUUAAGUUCUUUCGGCAGAAUUCUCUUAUUUUUUCCUGAAUAUUUAAAUAAUAAUGAGGUUUUUAAUUAGACGUCUCGCUACAGGAGUUAAUUCUUCAAUUUUCAGAGUUAAUACAGCACGACAUGCCUCUAACGAUGCUCAGAAAAAGGAACCUACUGCAGACAACACUUCAGAGAUGAAAGUUGAGGAAGUCAGAAAAAAUAUAAUGGUAGAAAAAUAUGGAGGCAUUACAACCAUAAACAUAGACCGUCAGACUAGCCGUAACAGCCUCGACGAGUCAACACUCAGGGAAAUAGAAGCAGCAAUUAAUGCUUUUGACAAAGAUGACCAGUCCAAAGUGUUAGUGUUUAAUGGUGAGGGUGGCUCGUUCUGCUCUGGGUUUGACUUGGAUGAGCUGGGAGAUAAGGGAUAUUAUCCACUUCGGGAUGCUUCAUUGCGCAUGCGCCGCCACCCCCUCUGUGACAAAACGACAAUCGCAGCUGUCUCGGGCUUCGCAGUUGCGGAAGGCUUCGAGCUGGCGCUGUCGUGCGAUCUUCGCGUCGUUGAAGAGACCGCUGUGUUAGGAUGUCUCGGACGGAGAUUUGGUGUUCCCCAGAGUAUGCUCGGUGCUCGUAUGUUAACAUCACUAAUGGGGCUGUCGCAGGCGUUGGACCUGAUCAUCACAGGCAGGCUCAUCUCAGGCAAGGAGGCGCACAGGAUGGGACUUGCGUGCAAGCUCACUGCCACUGGCACUGCUCUAGGCGAAGCAAUAAAACUGGCAAAAUCCCUAGCAAAGUUCCCUCAGAACGCAUUAAUGAUGGAUAAGAUAGAAGCCGUCAGCUCGCAGCUCAACCCUAACAGUGAAGAAAGUAUGAGGGACGAGGCUGUAAUGCAGAGUUUGCUGGGUGGAGCCAUUGAGGAUAUGAAGGAGGGUGUCAAGAAAUUUCAGGCUGGUAUCGGUCGACAUGGAAAGUUCUACAAACUGACAGAGGUACCUCUUAAAGAUUGGGAACUCGAAGAGAGCCUAGAAGAAAUCCAGGUUACCAUAGACAAAACCAAUGAAAAUCCAAAAGAUGAUAAAAAAUAAAUAUUUAAGUUGUCUUGUAUUUGUUUUAAGUUGUAAAUAUUAAA